GAGGACACUUUCCAAGUUCCGGUGUCAUGACUCCUAUCGAUAUUCCUGUUGACCACACUUAUACAAGCUGCUACUGUGAAGAAAAUAUAUAUUUGCUAGCUAAGUAUUUCCUAGAUCAACCUUCCGUCAAACGCCGCUGGGAUAUCUUUGCUAUAUUUAUUUCAAAUGCAACUAAGAUGGUUGCUCUCUGGAACCAGCGCAAGGCAGCUUUCGCAGACGUAGCUGUGGUAUGGGAUUACCAUGUCAUUCUAGCCAUGCGGCCGCGAUCCCCUUUUGUCUCAUCAGCUGGAGAUCCUGCAGCACAAACAUGGGUCUACGAUUAUGAUACUCGUUUGGGUAUCCCGUGUCAAUGGAGAGAUUAUGUCCAAGGAACCUUUCUAGACACCCCGGAUGUUCCAGUGCUGUAUCAAAGUCUCUUCAGGGUCAUACCAGGCGAGGAAUUUCUGGACCACUUUGCUUCAGACAGAUCGCACAUGCUAUCAGUACAUCCAGGGGCUGAACCUUGCUAUUUCGCUGAACCACCUGUGUAUCUACCGUUGCGUGGUUCGAAGGCUACAGAAAGGGGGGUAACGAAUAACCUUAUGUCUGCUUUUGUCUCGAUGGCACGAUCAACCGAU